AUGGGAAUUUUUCACUGCAAGUUCCAUGUCCUGGGCUCCAAAACCACAUUUCCCUGGCUCCUCCCUCUCCCUGGGACCCAGGGGAAGGUCCCUAAAGACUAUUUGUGUAGAGGAUCCACCUGCUCAGGUCCCAGAACCCCCAGAGUUGGGGGAGAUGGGAACCUGAGAUUGUGUUUUCCAGGCUGUUUUCCGGCAAGAGACUCCAUGGAGAUGAAGGGCAUCAUGGGAAAAUCCCUAAGAGUGCAGUGCCUGUAUAAGGAGGAACACAGGAUGUGUGGGAAAUACUGGUGCAAAGGACCCAAUAGGUUAGCCUGUCCCUCCAUCGUUGAAACCAAAGGGUCAGAGGGAGAGGUGAAGAAUGGCCGAGUAUCCAUCAGAGACAAUCACCUGUACCACACGUUCACAGUGACCAUGGAGAACCUGACCGCAGAUGAUGCCGGCUCAUAUGCCUGUGGAAUCGUCAAAGACUUUGACUUAGAUCUACUCUUGUGGUUUACAGUGUCUAUCUCCCAAGGGAAUGUGUCGACCACAGCCAAACCCCCAUCAACUUCAACGCUGACGACAAGAUCUCCUGGAAUGGACAGUGAGGAGCCUGUCUCUAUUCCUCACCCCUCUGGAUCAGGCUUCCAAAGACCUGAAAUCCUGCUGCCCUUCUUAUUGAUUGUGCUAUCACUCUUGGUGGUGGGGGUCUCCCUUCUGAGCUGGAGAGUGGUGCUGAGAAGGAAAAAGGGUGACGGGAAACGAAAGACGCUUCUAGGACCCAAUCAGGUUCCAGAGAGGACGGUGGAUGAUCUUUGUCACGAAAAUCUGGAGUUGCAAUCAAAAGCCCGAAUGAUGAAAUCACCUGGCAGUGACCCAGAGGCAUCCAUCAGGGAAGAGGAUAACUACGUCACAUUGUCUCUUUCCCGUUUCAACGCAGCCACCACCUCUAGCAACUUGUCACCUUGGAUCUCCAAGCAGGAACACACCGAGGAAACAGACUAUAUUGAAAUAAAGAAGAUUUAGACUGCAGCCUCUGGUACCUGUCUCACAUUCUAUUCCAGCUUCAGUUCCUGAGUUCAUUUUCUUCUCUUCACGCUUCAUGCUCUCCAGCAGAGGGGUUAUCUCUCAGGGCUAGUAUCAUCCUGUGUAAAAAUGAACAUGGUUUGGUCCUGCCUUCAGAGAACU